GUGCUGUUUACAUCCGCGCUGUCGCGCUGAGCCAUGGCUGAGUUGGAUAUAGGAAAACAUUGUAAAAUUGAGUCGUGCCGUCAGAAAGAUUUCCUGCCAUUUGUUUGUGACUGUUGCAGUGGUGUUUUCUGCCUUGAACACCGAAGUAGAGAUGCUCAUUCAUGUCCAGAGGAGCCAUUAAAAAAAGAAUUUCAACCUAAUGGUGGAAGUACAAGUUAUCGCUGCUCCUUUGAAGAGUGCAAAAACAAAUCAGUGUUGCCAGUAAUCUGCCCAGAAUGUGAAAAACACUUCUGUUUAGCUCAUCGACAUCAAGAUGAACACAAGUGUGAGAAGUUGGUGGCACCACAGCCACGAAUGGCUGCAACCAGAGCGCUGGUGCAAAAGAUUGUGGAGUCAAAGGAUGGGUCCAAGAGCAAAGGACGGAAAGGCGCAAAAAACAGUGCGACUGCAGCUAAAGUUGCGUUAAUGAAAUUAAAACUGCAUGCUGCAGGAGACAAGGGGCUGCCUCAGAGUGAGAGAACAUAUUUCCAGGUUUAUCUUCCCAAAGACUCCAAGGAGACCAGCCAGUCCAUGUUUUUCUGCUCCAAGUGGAGUGUGGGGAAAGUUGUGGACUAUGCAGCUACCUUAGCUUCACUUAAAAACAACAACAACGUACUGACAGCAAAGAAACUGCGACUCUGUCAUCCUGAGACGGGUGAGGUGUUUCGAAUGGACGACACUCUGCUCUCCUUGUUAACUUGUGCAGAAAGUCCCCUGUUCAAUGGAGGAAAUGUGAUCCUGGAAUACCUGGACAAUGAGAACACAUGCUUGGACGAUGUGACUCAAUAUAUUCGACAGAAUUGAAUGAACCAUGAUUUGUCUUUUGCUUCAUCAUCCUUUUUUUUUUUUUUUUAAUAAAAUGUAUUUCGUUAACUGUUGACUGUGGGUUCUGGUUAGUAAAGUGAAUUAGACAUUUAGUUGAACCGGUUCUUCCAUUAUCUUCUGAUGUCUCGACAUUAAAAUAUUGUGUAAACAACCAUAAUGGUUGGGUAUCAACUAGAUACAUUGUGCAUCGUCUAAAUGACACUUAGAUGUUCACUAAUGAAAGAUGGUGCUCAGUAAAGCAAAGGCUGAACAGCUUGGUAUCUGAUGAAAUGGGAAUCAAACAUUUAAGCUUAAGAACAUUGCAUGAGACCUCAUCUUUGAUUUUGGAUUAAAAUCUAACUUUGUAUGUGACAUUUAAUGAUUUAUUUCUGUAAUUGCUUCUAUUUAUGGUGUUUUCUUUAUAAACUGAUACAUGGCUGUUUGUGAUGCAGUGAGAAAUUGAGUUUCUGUGCUUAGUUGCUGUAUACCCGUAGACACCUCAUGUCAUCCUCUGUAGUAGGAACUGCGAGGAGACAGGUGACACAAAUGUACACAGGUUUGAUCUAUGUAUUUGCAUUGACCGACAGAACUAGAUCGCUCUUGUUCCAGUCAUGUCUGCCAGGGUCGAGACCCUGCUGCAGAACAAUGACCUCUAGGAACAAUUUUGUAUUCCCCCAAGGGCCAGAAGAAGUUU